AUGCCGCCAUCGUUAUCAAAUGCACGUUUUCGUAUACCAUUCGGUUUUGAAGAAUUGCUCACCUAUUUGACGCGUGAACUUCUACGAUCACAACCAGCGAACAUCUAUGAAUUCUGUUCUGUAACUUGUCAACAAUUGAUUAGUGAACGAAACAAUGGCAUUCUUUCUCAUGAACUAGUUAAAUUAGAUUCAACUAUUCAUUCUCAUGAGAACAAUGAAUAA